GUCUCACCUACGAUUGCAUAUCAACGAGGCGUACUCUAAUAUAACAAUUAAGAUGGCCUUCCACACCCCAGAGGACAGCAUCUUCGAUCAAGAAGAUAGAGUAUCACCAGAACCUGGAUCUCCCGCCACCCUUGAAGCAGACCAAGGCUAUGCAAGCGCUGGUCCUUACAGUGGGGGUAAAUUCUACAUCAUGCAUCGCGACACGGGCAAAUGUCUUACCCUAACUGGUGGUCGCCUCGGUCUAGAGAGUUGCUACAGUCUACAAGGACAUUGUCUCUGGGAGUGUGUAGAAGAUCGAGGUCGUCUUGGAUUUCGUAACACCGCAUCUCAUACCUAUAUCGGACACGAUGGAAUAGAUGGAACUAUGAUAGCGACAGCUAGACAGCAUGGCGUGUUUGAAUGGAUCAAUGUCCUUCCACUGGAAGCUGGGGGAUUCAAAAUCAUGUCGGAGUACAUGUCUGCUUAUAACCCUAUCGCUGUGCGGGAUGACGAACGUAGUGUAGGUCAGACUACUGGAGAGCCAAGUGGCUGGGAUUUCAUUCGUGUUGAUCCCGAACUACUCUGAUGUAGGGAAUUCCGU